AUGUUUAUUGCCAAUAAUCUUGAGACCAAGUACAUAAUUUGCGUAAAAAGGAGAGAUCGUUAUGCAGAACGAGUCGGAUCCGGUUCACCUGUUUACCUCUCUGCUGUUCUUGAAUACCUCGCUGCGGAGUUAUUGGAGCUUGCUGGGAAUGGUGCAAGAGAUAACAAGAAGAAUCGGAUUAUUUCAAGGCACAUCCAGUUGGCAGUGAGGAAUGAUGAGGAGUUGAGCAAGUUGUUGGGUUCGGUGACAAUUGCGAAUGGUGGUGUUCUGCCCAAUAUUCAUCAAACACCUCUGCUGAAGAAGACUAGUGGGAAGGGUGAAAUUGGGUCUGCUUCACAAGAAUUUUAG